AUGUACUUAAGGGAGAGAAGAGCAACAUCCUAUCAGAAACCUUAAGUAGGUCAAGACGAUUUGAGAAAUCAAUUGAAUUUACUUGAUUAAUUUGUGAGACCAACCUAUGAUGUUAAAUUGCCCCAUGAUCCUAGCCAAAAAAGUGGAAUUAGAUAAUCUAGUCAUUUGAAUAAAUCCUUUUAGUUUCCAAAACUGUCAACAUUGCCUGAAGAAUCAAUAAAUGAGGAAGUGGCUCAAAUGUAGCAGGCUAUAGAUCAAUAAAACCAGACUCUAAAGCGAUUAUUGAAAGAAUAAAGAGAAGUAAGAUUAUAAAUGGAUUAUUAAGAUAAAUAAAGCUUAACUUUUUAAGUAAGAACUUGAGAAUUUAAAAACUCAAGUUCAAACUAUACAUCUAAAAUUACCAAAACUGCCUCAAUACGAAUAAUUAAAUGAAAUUAAACACGAAAUUUCAUCAUUAAGACAAUCCUUCUUCCAAUAAGCUUAACAGCCCUAAUAGCCAAUUAUACAGCCGCCUUAGAUAAUAUAUUAACAAAUGCCUUAACCUCUGCAACAACCCCAGUAUUAUCCCCCUCCUUAUCCAUAUUAUCAGCCACCUUAUCCUCCUUAUGGAUAGCCACCCCCUCCUCCAUAUGGAUAGCAACCUUCUCCCUACCCACCUUAGCAAUAACUAUAUUAACCCCCUUAUUAGUACAAUCCUUACCAAUAUCCUUACUAACCUCAGCCGUAUCCCCAAGAAGGUUAAUAAAACUAAUAAAACCCUUAAUCGGUUGGUAAAAUAAAGACAAAAACUGCUGGAUCACAAGGCUAAAAUUCAAGAAGAUCUAGUCAGAAUACGAUACCUUUGGUUUCCAAGAGAUCCAUUCAAUAGACCAAAUAGAGUUUCUUUUCAGAUGUAUGAUAAAUAUAACAUAAAAGAAGAAAGGAGAUAAGAAAGUGCCAUUUCAGGGUUCAAGACUGAAAGUAAUUUUUAAUGCUGUUCGAUUUGCUAUGAGAUGGAAGAUAUAUUGCAAACCGUUGAAUAUUUUAUGGAGAAAAUUAUAUAAACAUUCUGUUGAGUGUAAAGCAGUGAUAUAGAAGAUUUCUUAUCAUGUUGCUUUGAAAAGAAUAAAUGACUGGUGCAAAAUGGUUUUAGCGAAAGUUGAAAAUUACUUGACGAAAAUAAAAGAAAUAGAUUUUAUUGUAUAUUUCUUUGUUAUCAAAAGAAUCCAGAAAAACCAUUGACGGAAUAGGAAUUAGAUCAAUCAUAUAUGUAGUUAACAAAUGCGAUGAAGUAUCUGAUGACAAGUCUAGUUACUUAUUGUACAAACGAUUUCAUGAUACCAGAAUUGAAAUUUUUAUCUUACCUUUAGUUUUUUGAUUAGCCAGAAAUAGAUAGAGGACUGUUCGUUGCUAGAAGAGUAUUAUUUUGGAAGGAAAAAUAAUUAGACAUGACAAAAACUUAAUAGAUGAUGAUUGUAGGGGAUCUAGUUAUAUUAGUACACAUACUGCCUGCCUUGAUGGAAAUUCCAGGUUAGGUAUUUUUAGUCAAAUGCAUGGUGUCUCUUGUUUAAAUUCAUUUUAUGAAAUAUUUUGAUUUGAGAGUACUCAAUCGAAAUCCAGAGUACAGGAUUAUUCAAUUAAAUUUGGUGGAUGUAGUGGAUGGAAAAUUAGUUGCCAGAUUAGAAAAACUGGAAAAGUUCGAAGAUGAAAGAUAUAUUGUAGGUGUCUAUGAGGACAGUCAAUUUUAAGGGUUUUAUGCUAAAAGACCUCAUUUCCAAGAUGAUAUGCAAAAAGCGCUAUUUUAAAUUCAUACUAAUUUAUUAUAAGCAUUAGCUGCUAAAUGA